UUUUUACAGCCUGUACUUGCACAUAUAAUGGAAACAAAUAUCGCCCUGGCAAUGUAAUUUAUAACACAACAGAUGGACAUGGUAACUGCAUCACAGCAGUGUGUGGAAAUAAUGGAACCAUUGACCGCAGUUCACAUAGAUGCCCAGCAUCCACACCAACAACACAUGUGUCCAUUGCAACCACUACUAUAGCUAGCCAGUCUACAACCACCUUUGUUUUUUCAUCAACCACACAAGAGCCACACACAGUCCCAGUCCCAUGUAAUCCUUGUAAUUGGUCGCCAUGGUAUGAUACCAGCUUCCCUACACUGGGAACUCCAGGAGGAGACACUGAAACAUACGAAAAGAUUAGAGAGGCAGGGCACAAGAUAUGUGCCAAGCCAAGCCACAUCCAAUGCAGAGCUGAGAAAUUCCCUAAUGCCACCAUUGAAAAUGUGGGACAAGUGGUGGAAUGUAAUCUGGCUAAUGGGCUGACUUGCAGAAAUGAAGACCAGUCAGGACCACUGGCAUUGUGCUUUAACUACCAAGUCAGAGUUCUGUGUUGUGACUAUAGUGCAUGCCCAACAGAGCCUACACCUUCUACAACACCUUCAAUACCUACAACGACUAAAGAUGUUACCAAAACACCUUGUCAGGAAACAUUAUGCUACUGGUCACAAUGGAUAAGUUCAGACUAUCCUGAAUACGGUAAUGGAGGUGGGGACAAUGAAACCAUCAAACACAUCAUCCAGAAAGGAUUUCACAUCUGUGAGAAUCCAGUGGCGGUGGAAUGUCGGGCAAAGCACUAUCCGCUGACUCCCCUAAAUCAAUUGGGACAAAAAGUGACAUGUAAUAACCAAGGACUCCUGUGUGAGAACAGGUUACAGUAUCCUCCCAUAUGUUUCAAUUAUGAAAUAAAGGUAAAGUGUUGCAAGACAGUGAUGUGCAGCACAUCACCAAAACCUACUAUUUCUUUCACAACCAUACCGACUAAACCACCUUCUACUACAACCGCCACACCCUCUACCAAAACUGAAACAACAACUCAGCCACCUACAACUACUAUUACAACCACUACACCUUCUACCACAGUUCCAACUACAACACCUUCAACUCCCUCAACUACAGUUCCAACUACAACACCUUCUACGACAACCGAAACAACAACUCAGCCACCUACAACUACUAGUACAACCACUACACCUUCUACCACAAUUCCAACUACAACACCUUCAACUCCCUCAACUACAGUUCCAACUACAACACCUUCAACCAUGACAUCUACUAUACCUUCUACCACAACUGAAAUAACAUCUCAGCCAUCUACAACUACUAGUACAACAACUACACCUUCUACCACAGUUCCAACUACAACACCUUCAACUCCCUCAACUACAGUUCCAACUACAACACCUUCUACGACAACUGAAACAACAACUCAGCCACCUACAACUACUAGUACAACCACUACACCUUCUACCACAAUUCCAACUACAACACCUUCAACUCCCUCAACUACAGUUCCAACUACAACACCUUCAACUACGACAACCACUACACCUUCUACGACAACCGAAACAACAACUCAGCCACCUAUAACUACUAGUACAACCACUACACCGUCUACCACAACUGAAACACCAACCACUAGUCAGCCACCAAUAUCUACACCUUGCCCAGGGGGACAUGAUGUGACAUGUGGGUGGUCAGAAUGGAUCAAUCGUGGCAAGCCCACACCAGGCCCGAAUGGUGGAGACAAUGAAUCCAUCCAGAACGUAAUCUCUGCGGGUUAUCAUAUAUGCUCAGCUCCUGAAGAAGUCCAGUGUAGAGCUAUCCUUUACCCAGGACUUCCCAUGUCACAGGUGGGACAAAAUGUGAUUUGCAAUAAAGAUGUUGGUCUCAUAUGCUACAACAAACAACAAGGGCUUCAGCAAGAGUGUUUUGAUUACGAGAUUAAAUUUAAAUGCUGUGGGUGUCCAACAACAACUCUCUCAACUACUGUUCCAACUACAACACCUUCAAUAACUACAAUGACUAAAGAUGUUACCAAAACACCUUGUCAGGAAACAUUAUGCUACUGGUCACAAUGGAUAAGUUCAGACUAUCCUGAAUACGGUAAUGGAGGUGGGGACAAUGAAACCAUCAAACACAUCAUCCAGAAAGGAUUUCACAUCUGUGAGAAUCCAGUGGCGGUGGAAUGUCGGGCAAAGCACUAUCCGCUGACUCCCCUAAAUCAAUUGGGACAAAAAGUGACAUGUAAUAACCAAGGACUCCUGUGUGAGAACAGGUUACAGUAUCCUCCCAUAUGUUUCAAUUAUGAAAUAAAGGUAAAGUGUUGCAAGACAGUGAUGUGCAGCACAUCACCAAAACCUACUAUUUCUUUCACAACCAUACCGACUAAACCACCUUCUACUACAACCGCCACACCCUCUACCAAAACUGAAACAACAACUCAGCCACCUACAACUACUAUUACAACCACUACACCUUCUACCACAGUUCCAACUACAACACCUUCAACUCCCUCAACUACAGUUCCAACUACAACACCUUCUACGACAACCGAAACAACAACUCAGCCACCUACAACUACUAGUACAACCACUACACCUUCUACCACAAUUCCAACUACAACACCUUCAACUCCCUCAACUACAGUUCCAACUACAACACCUUCAACUACGUCAACCACUACACCUUCUACCACAACUGAAACACCAACCACUAGUGACCCACCAAUAUCUACACCUUGCCCAGGGGGACAUGAUGUGACAUGUGGGUGGUCAGAAUGGAUCAAUCGUGGCAAGCCCACACCAGGCCCGAAUGGUGGAGACAAUGAAUCCAUCCAGAAUGUAAUCUCUGCGGGUUAUCAUAUAUGCUCAGCUCCUGAAGAAGUCCAGUGUAGAGCUUUCCUUUACCCAGGACUUCCCAUGUCACAGGUGGGACAAAAUGUGAUUUGCAAUAAAGAUGUUGGUCUCAUAUGCUACAACAAACAACAAGGGCUUCAGCAAGAGUGUUUUGAUUACGAGAUUAAAUUUAAAUGCUGUGGGUGUCCAACAACAACUCUCUCAACUACUGUUCCAACUACAACACCUUCAACUCCUUCCACUACAAGUCCAUCUACAACACCUUCAACUACGACAUCCACUACACCUUCUACCACAACUGAAACAACAACUAAGCCACCUACAACUACUAGUACAACCACUACACCUUCUACCACAGUUCCAACUACAACACCUUCAACUCCUUCCACUACAAGUCCAUCUACAACACCUUCAACUACGACAUCCACUACACCUUCUUCGACAGCUGAAACAACAACUCAGCCACCUACAACUACUAGUACAAUCACUACACCUUCUACCACAAUUGCAACUACAACACCUUCAACUCCCUCAACUACAGUUCCAUCUACAACACCUUCAACUACGACAUCCACUACAUCUUCUACCACAACUGAAACACCAACCACUAGUGAGCCACCAAUAUCUACACCUUGUCCAGGGGGACAUGAUGUGACAUGUGGGUGGUCAGAAUGGAUCAAUCGUGGCAAGCCCACACCAGGCCCUGAUGGUGGAGACAAUGAAUCCAUCCAGAAUGUAAUCUCUGCGGGUUAUCAUAUAUGCUCAGCUCCUGAAGAAGUCCAGUGUAGAGCUAUCCUUUACCCAGGACUUUCCAUGUCACAGAUGGGACAAAAUGUGAUUUGCAAUAAAGAUGUUGGUCUCAUAUGCUACAACAAACAACAAGGGCUUCAGCAAGAGUGUUUUGAUUACGAGAUUAAAUUUAAAUGCUGUGGUUGUCCAACAACAACUCUCUCAACUACUGUUACAACUACAAUACCUUCAACUCCUUCCACUACAAUUCCAUCUACAACACCUUCAACUACGACAUCCACUACACCUUCUACCACAACCGAAACAACAACUCAGCCACCUACAACUACUAGUACAACCACUACACCUUCUACCACAGUUUCAACUACAACACCUUCAACUCCCUCAACUACAGUUCCAACUACAACACCUUCAACUACGACAACCACUACACCUUCUACAACAACUGAAACAACAUCUCAGCCACCUACAACUACUAGUACAAUCACUACACCUUCUAUCACAAUUCCAACUACAACACCUUCAACUCCCUCAACUACAGUUCCAUCUACAACACCUUCAACUACGACAUCCACUACACCUUCUACCACAACUGAAACACCAACCACUAGUGAGCCACCAAUAUCUACACCUUGUCCAGGGGGACAUGAUGUGACAUGUGGGUGGUCAGAAUGGAUCAAUCGUGGCAAGCCCACACCAGGCCCUGAUGGUGGAGACAAUGAAUCCAUCCAGAACGUAAUCUCUGCGGGUUAUCAUAUAUGCUCAGCUCCUGAAGAAGUCCAGUGUAGAGCUAUCCUUUACCCAGGACUUUCCAUGUCACAGAUGGGACAAAAUGUGAUUUGCAAUAAAGAUGUUGGUCUCAUAUGCUACAACAAACAACAAGGGCUUCAGCAAGAGUGUUUUGAUUACGAGAUUAAAUUUAAAUGCUGUGGUUGUCCAACAACAACUCUCUCAACUACUGUUACAACUACAAUACCUUCAACUCCUUCCACUACAAUUCCAUCUACAACACCUUCAACUACGACAUCCACUACACCUUCUACCACAACCGAAACAACAACUCAACCACCUACAACUACUAGUACAACCACUACACCUUCUACCACAGUUUCAACUACAACACCUUCAACUCCCUCAACUACAGUUCCAGCUACAACACCUUCAACUACGACAACCACUACACCUUCUACAACAACUGAAACAACAUCUCAGCCACCUACAACUACUAGUACAAUCACUACACCUUCUACCACAAUUCCAACUACAACACCUUCAACUCCCUCAACUACAGUUCCAUCUACAACACCUUCAACUACGACAUCCAUUACACCUUCUACCACAACUGAAACACCAACCACUAGUGAGCCACCAAUAUCUACACCUUGUCCAGGGGGACAUGAUGUGACAUGUGGGUGGUCAGAAUGGAUCAAUCGUGGCAAGCCCACACCAGGCCCUGAUGGUGGAGACAAUGAAUCCAUCCAGAACGUAAUCUCUGCGGGUUAUCAUAUAUGCUCAGCUCCUGAAGAAGUCCAGUGUAGAGCUAUCCUUUACCCAGGACUUCCCAUGUCACAGGUGGGACAAAAUGUGAUUUGCAAUAAAGAUGUUGGUCUCAUAUGCUACAACAAACAACAAGGGCUUCAACAAGAGUGUUUUGAUUACGAGAUUAAAUUUAAAUGCUGUGGUUGUCCAACAACAACUCUCUCAACUACUGUUCCAACUACAACACCUUCAACUCCUUCCACUACAAGUCCAUCUACAACACCUUCAACUACGACAUCCACUACACCUUCUACCACAACUGAAACAACAACUCAGCCACCUACAACUACUAGUACAACCACUACACCUUCUACCACAGUUCCAACUACAACACCUUCAACUCCUUCCACUACAAGUCCAUCUACAACACCUUCAACUACGACAUCCACUACACCUUCUUCGACAGCUGAAACAACAACUCAGCCACCUACAACUACUAGUACAAUCACUACACCUUCUACCACAGUUCCAACUACAACACCUUCAACUCCCUCAACUACAGUUCCAUCUACAACACCUUCAACUACGACAUCCACUACACCUUCUACCACAACUGAAACACCAACCACUAGUGAGCCACCAAUAUCUACACCUUGUCCAGGGGGACAUGAUGUGACAUGUGGGUGGUCAGAAUGGAUCAAUCGUGGCAAGCCCACACCAGGCCCUGAUGGUGGAGACAAUGAAUCCAUCCAGAACGUAAUCUCUGCGGGUUAUCAUAUAUGCUCAGCUCCUGAAGAAAUCCAGUGUAGAGCUAUCCUUUACCCAGGACUUCCCAUGUCACAGGUGGGACAAAAUGUGAUUUGCAAUAAAGAUGUUGGUCUCAUAUGCUACAACAAACAACAAGGGCUUCAGCAAGAGUGUUUUGAUUACGAGAUUAAAUUUAAAUGCUGUGGUUGUCCAACAACAACUCUCUCAACUACUGUUCCAACUACAACACCUUCAACUCCUUCCACUACAAGUCCAUCUACAACACCUUCAACUACGACAUCCACUACACCUUCUACCACAACUGAAACAACAACUCAGCCACCUACAACUACUAGUACAACCACUACACCUUCUACCACAGUUCCAACUACAACACCUUCAACUACGACAUCCGCUCCACUUUCUACCACAACUGAAACAACAACUCAGCCACCUACAACUACUAGUACAACCACUACACCUUCUACCACAGUUCCAACUACAACACCUUCAACUCCUUCCACUACAAGUCCAUCUACAACUCCUUCAACUACGACAUCCACUACACCUUCUACGACAACUGAAACAACAACUCAGCCACCUACAACUACUAGUACAACCACAGCACCUACCACAACUGAGUUACCUAUAGUCACAGGAAAACCCUCUCAAACAAGUACUGCGCCAUCUACUGCGGCUCAAAUAUGCCAUUGCCUUCAUAAUGGUAUCAUGUUCCCCCCUGGUAAGUUUUGCUUUAUAAAGACACACACUUUUUAA